AUGGCAGACGUUGAGAUGGCUGAUGCUGCUGCUCCAGCAGAGCCCAAGCCCAAGACUCCUGCCAAAACUACCAAAGCCGGACCUUCUGAAGGCGCCGACAAUAAAAAAAGAUUUGAAGUCAAGAAGUGGAAUGCGGUCGCUCUCUGGGCCUGGGAUAUUGUCGUCGACAACUGCGCCAUCUGCCGGAAUCACAUCAUGGAUCUUUGCAUCGAAUGUCAAGCAAACCAAGGCGCUGCCACUACAGAAGAAUGUACCGUUGCAUGGGGAAUCUGCAAUCAUGCCUUCCACUUUCACUGCAUCUCACGAUGGUUGAAGACGAGACAAGUAUGUCCACUCGACAACAGAGAUUGGGAAUUCCAGAAAUAUGGUCGAUAA